AUGGAUCUCUUGACUGAGCCGAACACAUUGGGUGGACACUCCGUCCAGGACUCUGUGGAAGAGGAGCUGUUCGAUCCCACAAUCCAUCUUGAUUAUGUGCCACCUGAAAGAACGAUAACGAUGCAAGACUUGCUUUUGAGUCAGAGUUCAACUGCAACUCCGAUAGCCGGGACAAUGCCAUUCUCCCUGCUGUCACCGCGAGGCGCGAGGGCCUAUCGCAAAGCCCUCUCCAGACGAAAUGUGAUUGAGAAUUGUGCAAGCUCGCCGUUUCCUGGCACCUUGGUUCUUCGUGAUGCGGUCAAGUACUCCCACUUUAUUCGGGAUUUCUGGACCCACCCGGAAACAAUGAGCAUAGUAUCCGACGCUUCUGGGGUGCCUUUAGAGGUGGUAAUGCCUACAGAGAUUGGACAUACAAAUAUUCAAGCUGAAGGAGUCACGAUAGCAGAGAUGGUGAGCAGCCUCAAGGUUGAGCCAUCAGUGGAGAAAUUGGAGUUGAGUCCUGAAGAGCGAGCUUAUGACCCGUUGAAAGAUGAGACCUCUAUCAUACCUUGGCACUAUGACUCUUAUCCAUAUGUCUGUGUGCUCAUGCUCAGUGAAACCGAUGGCAUGGUCGGUGGAGAAACAUAUAUCAAAAGGGGGGAUGGCGAAGCCCAGAAGGUCGAUGGUCCCCAGAUUGGACAUGCAGUAAUGCUGCAAGGUGGGGAAGUUCAACAUUUAGCCGCUCGUGCCAAGGGAGUUUCGGAGCGCAUCUCGACAAUUACCAGCUAUCGCGCCCAGGUGCGAAAUAUUUAUGACUUCAGCUAUAUCACCAACAUCCGGCCUUAUGCAGAUCUUGGAUCGCUCUACCCCGAGUGGACUCGUUAUCGCCUGCGAAAGCUACGGGAUGAGAUCACUCAUUAUCUCGAUCAAGCUGAGAACGAGUCGAACUCUUCUUUCCAAAGAGAAGAGCUACAGAAUGUGAUCACUCAACAGAUCGAGUACCUACAUCGGACUUCUCGCCAGAUGAAUUGGGAGACUGUGCAAUCCUUGCCGGAAUUCGAGAGUCUUGCCUCUUCCACAGAUCAAGAACGAGGUUGGAUGCCUGAGAGUGUUUAUUGGAUGGACCUUCAGAAGUCUAUCGAGACCAUUCGCAUGAAAAAGACUCUUCAAAGUACAUUUGGUACCCACCCAUGGAAUAAAUCAAGGAAGUACUACAUGGGUGAUGAGUUAUUGCGACAGGGAUUGAAUGAAGUGUUCUUAGACUGGCUUGGAAUUUCGGGUCUUUGGGAUCUCUAUUGCAAGCGUUAA